UAUUUUUUCAUCUAUAUUAUAUCAAUCAGGUCCUUCACGGAAUAUUUAUUGUAGUUCCUUUUUUUUACUCUGCAUAUUAGGUUUCAUUAGGACAAGUCUUUGACAAAAAAACAGAAUAUUAAUUUGUGUGGAGGCCUAAUAUGCAGUGGAAAAAUGGGAGAGAGUAUCAUGCAGUACAAAAAUUAGAACAUUAAAUCAGGGUCCCUUGAAAUGUUCGAAAAACGAUGUCCCUUUUCCCGUCUAUUUCCAAUAAUCAAUUUGCGGGAAGAGUUCCAAUAAUCUUGACCAAUUGUAAAGUACUAAAGUCCAUUCAUUCCAGAAAUUUCUUCCCGGUUCCAGGACCAUGACUUCGUAUACAUACGUGUGUCACAUCUGUAAGAUCACUUCAUCACCAAACUUGCUUUUGACUCUGUCUUGAGCGUAUCCAUGGCGGUGUGUUCUUUCUUGAAUUUUACCAUAAUAACGAACUUAUUCGGUGUUGAUGACCAGCACAGAGACCUGUAUGAUUUCCAUUUUUUACUAUUCAUUGUCAACCUAUAGUCUUGGUAAACGAAACACUUUCAAGUUCCACCUGUUAAUUUCCAGGGUAUUUCCCUGAUUCCCUCUAUCUAUAUAUAUAUAGAAACACUCUCUGGCUUCCCUAAAAAAAAAAUAGUACCACUCUCUGGCAGACACUACGCCGGUGCACUUCCACCACCUGUAGUCAGCGAGUGUAAUCUUACGACCACUUCACUAAAGAUCUGCCACUUCCACCAACGGUACAGUACUACAUUUCUACAGUAUCAUAUCAUCGGAUCAAUGAGACUUUUACUCAUCUUUGCGUAUUCAUCACUUGUCUUUGAGCAGAGCAGGAACCGUACGUGUCAUCAGGUUCUAAUCAAUGGCGGAGAUGGUCAGCUCCGCGGUUGUCGGGGAGACAGUAAACCAGAUCGUAUCUGGUCUGAUUGACAUGCAUGAAGAGAGACCAGAGCAGACGGAGCAGAUGGAGAGGCUGGAGAUGGCGCACAUCAAGCUGGAGGCGGCGCUCGAGACAUCCGGCAAGUGGCAGAUCAACGACGCGUCGCUGCUCCGCUGGCGCCACAAGCUGAAGCGCGCGGCCCAGGAGUGCGACGUCGCGCUGCGCAAGUGCAAACAGCGCGCCGUGGAAGACGAGGAGAAGGAGGAGGAGGUCAGGGGCUCCUCCUUCCCUAGGCGGCUGGCCCAUGCCACCAGGUCGUUCGUCACCGGCUUCUUCCGCCGUGACACCGGCGGCGGCGCGGCCGUCCGGAGGUUCGAGUGGUUCGCCGACGGCGCCAACGAGUUCCUGAGGUUCGUCGAGCUCGGCGGCACGCCAUGCGGGUACAUGUUCUUCGACCCUCUCAUCGGGCGCCUCCUCGCCGGCCAAGAGCUACGGUACAGGCUGGUCCGGGGAAGCCAGUACCACCUGUUCUGCGUCCGCCCCAUCAGCUUCGAGGACCGCGGGGUGGAGGCCAAGAUGCUCUUCGUGUACGAGGACGACGAGGCGCCGGAGAAGAACCUGUGCCUGGGCUCCAUCCUGCGGCUCUCGGAGAGCACGGACGUCGUCGGGAUCACCAUCAAGUGCUUGCAGCUGGUGACCCCUCAUUUCAGGUCCACGGCGGAGUCCGCGAGGAAGGAGCUCGCCGGGCUGCCCACGCAGGACUUCUCCUGGGUGCCGUACCUCGACUCCGGCCACAAGGAUCACUGGAACAGCAUCCACAGCAGCCUGACCCAAUGGUUCCGUCCGAACCCACUCUGCUGCAAGCAGCAGCACGACGAGCUCCAGCCCCGCAGCAGCAGCAGGGGCACCACACGCACAACGAGACCGUCAGAUGUUUCUCUAGAGCCGGUCAUCGAAGUGUUCCUGCAGCGCCACAUCCCGCUGUCCGAGUACAACGUGCACAGAACCAAGAGCACUGUCCAAGGCGAGAGGGGCUGUCUGAAAGACGUGCCACACCUGAAACUCGGGCUCCUCUUCUCCCCCCAUGGAUCCGCAGAGGACCUGGUGCCGGCGGUCGAGAGCUCCGCAAUCGAGGUGAUCGACGGCGAGGAGCAGAGCGGCAUGCACACAAACAUCAGCCUGGAGCAGCUGGACGAGGUGAUGCUGCCCAAGGCGAUAGAUUGCCUCUACAAGAGGCCUGAGGCCACGGCGUACCAGAUGUUCUGGAAGUCCAAGCACGGCACCGCAUUCCUGCAGGUCGAGAAGACGAGCUUGGUGAAGAUGCCGCCGACGAGGAUCGGAGAGGCUGGGGCAAGAAGGUUGGCGAUCCAGCGACGCCGAGACCCGAAGCUGGAGAGGUGGAUACAGGUGGUCAUAGACUUCCUCAAUCUCUGGGUUGCACACGCACCCCAUCAGCUGCGGAGCUCGUUCAUCGAAUGGAUUCACAAGGCCAAUGAAAUGAAACAAGCGCCGCAGGAAAGAGCUACUACUUCAUACUAGAACAAGUCCGUGGACAGAGUUGAGACACUUAUCAUGAGACGAAGGGAGUGUCAAAUAGAAGAAGCUGCAGAGCUCACUGCUCAGUACUGUUACACACUUGGCCACACACGUUUGAAAAAGGAUUUAAAUUCAAGCCCGUGUCUAUCAAAUAUAUUUAAUAAAGAGAUAGAAAAAGAAUGGUGAAGAUUCUCCAAUCUAAAUAUUAUGAUAUUUUAGCGGUGUAUAGGCAAGUCCGCAAGUGCUUUUUGUGGCAAAAUAUUUUAUGCUCGAAACACCCAACCUUUGAUGUGUGGGGUAUAUGUUUUGUGAAGCAUGUAUUUUUAUGCGAUAACGCCUGCAUGGGGAGAAAUGAUGACGGCGAUAUUUAUGUGCUAUGGCUCUUUUUGAAGAUGUGUGUGCGGGGUAUUCUAUGUGUGUUGCUCAACAGUUUGUGUUGAUUUUUGCUUUUUUUUGUGUGAAUUAACCGGACAAUUUUCUUCCGCUUAAUUAGGACGAGGCAAGUCUUCUGCCUCCGUUUCAAUAAAAAUUGUUCAAAAUGGCUGAGUUACAUUUUCAUACAAUUGUGUCAUAAUAUGUUUGUUUCCAAUUUGAUGAAAGAUAAAAGACACCCUUUUUGUCAACUCUAGUUGAUUAGUAGGAAUGUUUUCAAAAAUAAAAUUCAGCACUCUAGUUGAAUGCAUCGAGUGGAAUUGAGUACACUUUGGUUCCAGCAGCUCAUAAGCCUUGAUUUGUUCUCCAGCCCUAGCUACAAGCCUACAACUUUGAGACGUGUUCACUUGUACACUUCUACUGCAUAAAACAUUUCCUUUGAACUUUUGAAAAAAAAUUCAUUUUUUUCAAGGAACUAAUAAAAAUCCUAUUUCAACCUCCACAUGACUCUUGAGUGGAACUGAGGCCCUCAACCCCUUUCCUGGAGUCGGCUAGGGUGGUGUCUGAGAUGGUCAUGAUGGUAAUGGCCAGAGUCAGCUUGUCGGUUCACUAAACCGACCCAAAAAUCGAGGCUAAUGGGUCAUGUGGGCGGGUGAACGAGAUUUGGGUCAACAACCCGGCACCGGGUGACCCGCUCGGCCAGUCUUAUAUCUCACAGCAGCUGCAAUUUUCAUCGCGUCGGGGUGUCGUAGGACCUAAUUUUUGCGAAGCAAUCUGUCGUAUAAUUUUCGAUGAACGCUCGGUAUAUGAACAACAAAAUUGUCUUUGUAUAUUUUGGCAAGAUGAGCGCGUAGAAAACCACAAGCAAACGGCUAGAUUUUUUCUAUUAACCACGUAUUAGAAAUCUCAUUGAUUCUUACACUAGUCAGAUUUCAAUAAACCGUGCAUAAUUUUAACAUUUUUUUUUGUGGGAAGCAUAAUUUUAACAUCUCUUUUUUUAGGCAAACAUCUCGUUUCUCCACUGGGCAAGAAUUUGGAUCGACCUGAAAUACUCAUCGGACCAACAAGAUCACUGACUAUUCUUUAUAUGGAUCGGCCCGUGGCCUCUCAAAUUGGCCUUCGGGGGCCAUAGGGGCCGGGUCAAAGGCCAGGUCCGGAUCGGCCCAUUCCCGUCCUGACCCAACGGUGCUCUUGUUCCCAUCUGGGUCCUUUGUGCAUAAGGGUUGACGCGUGUGCAAUUGUAGUUUUCUUCGGAUCCCUGCCAUUUCUUGAAAAAUAAAAAUCGAGGCCCUGGGGUUCAAGGAACAAACCCCACCGAUAGGGUUUAACAGGAAGGUUAGGAGAGCAGAGCAGCCGCCGUCCCGGAGGCCGGAGUCCCUCGCCGCCGAAACCCGCUCCCUCCCUCCACUCCCACCACAUCACCCCUGCUACGACCGAAAUCCCUUUCACUCGCAACCGGCGGCGUGGCCCGGACGCGAAUCCCCUCUCGCCGGCGGCGUGGCCCCGACGCGAUUCCUCUCGCCGUGCCCGUGUUCUGUAGCAGGGGAUUUCUACGAUGUCUUUUGCUAGUAGGAUGGGGAUUGUGCUGAGGAGGGCCUCGGGGUCCUCGAAUUCGUCGCUGCUCCAGGCAGUAAGGACUAUCAUAUGCCACAGAUGACCCAACUCUGAGGGAUGCCUUUUCUGGCUAUGGAGACGUCCUUGAAGCUAGAAUCAUCAUGGACAGGGAGUCUGGCAGGUCAAAGGGCUUUGGAUUUGUUACUUAUGCAUCUACAGAAGCUGCCGCGGCUGCCAUUAGUGCCAUGGAUGGCAGGGUGAUUUUAGAGAUAUCCCCUAUGUGUUAUUGCAGAUAUGCUAUGACAUUCAUGCCUAUUGUUUUGCUUUUAUCCUCUGCACCACUUUGCAAAUGUAGUCCCGAAUUUCAGGUUGCAUGUUUUUUUGCUUCAGGAGUAGCUUGUCCUAUUGUCUA